UUGUGUCGGAGGAGGAGUGAGGCAGCUCUCCUCAGGCGCUGGCGGGGCGCAUCCUUGCUCCACAGAACUGAAGGAGCUCAGUCUGGUCCGGUGUGAGAUCCCUCCGGGCUUCCCAGCUGAAGCCAAACACCCCGCGCCCAGGAGCGAGGAUGGAGUGGCUGGUGUUGAGGAGGCUCUUCUGUCAUCUGUCUACCUUCCAACUGAUUUGGUUCUUGGCUGCCAUGAUGUUUUGCAGGGCACAAGUGGAGACCCAAGAUGUAAGAGAGUUGCUGAACGCACCUGCUUCUUUAAGAUGCUCUCUGCAAAAUCCCCAGGAAGUUUUGAUUGUGACAUGGCAAAAAAUCAAGGCUGUAAGCCCAGAAAACAUGAUCACCUUUAGCCAGAACCAUGGGGUUGUAGUCCAGCCUGCCUAUAAGGAUAAGAUAAACAUCACCCAGCUGGGACUCAUGAACUCAACCAUUACCUUCUGGAAUACCACCUUGGAAGACGAAGGGUGUUACAAGUGCCUCUUCAAUACCUUUGGUUCUGGGAAGAUCUCAGGAAUAUCCUGCCUCACUCUCUUUGUACAGCCCACAGUAUUCCUUCACUAUAAACUAUCUGAAGACCACCUAAAUAUCACUUGCUCUGCCAAUGCUCGCCCAGCCCCUAUGAUCUCCUGGAAGGUCUCUGGGUCAGAGAUUGAGAACAGUACUGAGAUUGUCUCACACCCCAAUGGGACAACGUCUGUCACCAGCAUCCUCCAGAUCAAAGACCCCAAGAGUCAGGUGGGGAAGGAGGUGAUCUGCCAGGUACUGCACCUGGGGACUGUGACCGACUACAGGGAAACUGUGAACAAAGGCUUUUGGUUUUCAGUUCCACUACUGUUAAGUAUUGUUUCCUUGGUAAUUCUUCUGGUCUUAAUUUCAAUCCUACUAUACUGGAAACAUCGUCGGAACCAAGACCGAGAGCCAUAGAGGAGUCACACAGAACCCUGAAAGUUAUUCCCUGGUCUACUUGAAUCUGACUCAGGAGGCAAGCAGGAGAAAGAGGGUCAUUCUUCAAGGAACCUAAAAGAGCAAAAGAAAUUGGAGUCAAAGGCGUAAGAAUUUCAAGACUUUCUACUGCCAUCUAGGCUACCCAAUGCUUCUGUGAGUUCCAAGAGGAAGUCAUUUUACCUCUCAGGUCUGUUGUAGGACUUGAUUUUGUAAAACAAUGCCAUGUUGUGCUGUUGAAAGGGUACUGGACUUAGAAUCAGGAGCCACCACUCAGAGACUGACUUUGACUCCGACUGGUGUCAACUCUAUGUUAAUCACUAUCUCAAUGAGCUUCCACGUUUGCAUACAGAAAAUUAAGGAUUUGGACCAAAUAAUUUGCCAUUCUGCUCCAAAAAUGGCUGUAAUUCCAGGAAAAAAAAAAAAGGAAUAAACAAAGAGAAAAGAAAUGAAAAAGAGAGAGAAGAAUACAGGAAGGUAGGGACCAAAGAACUUUUCUGAGACUACCUUUUGCCUUUCUGUGGCUAUUCCACCUCUUCUUCCCUUCUUCUUUGGUCUGUUAAGUCUAUUUCCUCAUCACUUGGUAUCUAGUCCACCACCUGCUUACUGUUUUGCUAAUAACUGGUCUUUCUAGAACCCUCAGUUUCACUGCUAUUCUUCAUGUACUUCUGUGAUAUUAACCACAGUGGAAGCAGAACUGAAUUUAUUGUGAAGUAACAUUGGCAACCUUAACUUUACUUAUCUGUUUUUAUAGCAGACUAAAUAUUAUUAGUCUCAGCAGCUCACAUUUUUAAAAAGGCAUGCAUUUCUCAUCCAUUUGUUUCAUAAUAUAACCCAGGCCUAUUUUAGUCAUUCUAAAUUCAGCCUAGUAUAAUGAAGACAUAUUUAGAAAAUACGGCAUUUAGAAAGUUUCCUGAAUAGCAGUCAGCUAAUUCAAAUGCUUUGUCUCUCCCAGCUUCUUUUCUCAUGAGUUAACUUCUCACAAUAGCAGAGGAAGCAUGUAUGGGUGUACAAAUCCCUUUGUUGUAAAUAUAUGGUUCUAACUAGUGGAACAAUUUUGAACUCUUAAAUAAUCAUAUGACCAAGUUGAUGACUUUUUCAGUAUCUUUUGCCUUCUUGUCUCUAUCCAGUGACCUAGGAACUAAAAACUAAAACUUAAGUUGUUUUCACUGUUGAAUUGAAUAUUUAUAUAUUUAGUAAGGUUUUCGUAUGUUAUUUAAUUCUGUAUUAUUUCGUAUAUUUGUAUUAAUAUACUGAAUAAUUAAAAGUGUCAACUCUAAAUAUUUGGUUCAUGAUAUUCUCAUAGGGAAUGUGGAAAAUGUGGGCAUUAAUGAUAAUCUGUAUAUUUUUCCUCUGUGUGUGAAAUCCUCCCCUCUAUCUCUUAUCCCCUAAAAGAUGCUGCUGGCAUUUAUGAUUUGUCACAACGUCACAGAUCAGAUGUUCUUGAUCUGACCAGUGAAAGCUGCUUCAUGUUGGUGCCUGUGUCCUUUUGAUAUGACCAGGUCAAUUUUGGAGUACUUCCUUAUAUGUGCUGUUUUGAUUUUGCUUUUUUGUUUGUUUGUUUGGGGAUUUUUUAAAAUUUAAUUUAAUUUAUUUAUUUUUAUACAGCAGGCUCUUAUUAGUUAUCUAUUUUAUACAUAUUAGUAUAUAGAUGUCAAUCUGAUUUUGCUUUUAGAUACCAACCUUUGCAAAUGGAUUAGCUCACACAGUUUUGAAUUUAGUAGGAAUUAUCAUCCUGCUUCUGGUUUUGCUGUUUUUUCUGGUAUCUCGGCUGCCAGAUCAGACAGGGUAAAUUAAAGCAGCAGUUCUCAAACAUUUAAAGGUCUCAGGACCCCUUUACACACAUAAAAACAUUAUUGAGGACCCCAAAGAGCUUUCUUGUAAAGCGAAUUAUGUCUGUUGAUAUUGACCAUAUUUGAGAUUAAAACUGAUAAACUUUAAAAACAAAAAUCUACAAACAUGCAUUUCAUUAGUCAUCAGAGUGAUAGCAAUAUCACACAUCAGGUAGCUUCUGGAAAGCUCCGCAGCACACUUGUGAGACAAUGAAAAUAAGGAAUUGAUGUGAUUAUGACAGUAGUUUUGACUUUGUGGAACCCCGGAAAUGGUCUCAAGGACAAUUUUGAGGACUGCUCACUUAACGUAUAGGCAAAGAAGGAGACCAUCUUAUGAGAUUUCAUGAGUCUCUCCCAAAGUCUCUCCUUUAUGAAACAGCUAUCUUCACAGUGCCUAAGCAUUCCACCAUUCCACCAUAAUUUUAGUUAGGCCAUUAUCUUUCUGGGAGUUCCGCUUAAAGUGCAGAGAGGCCUAGGUCUACUCCUUCUUCCUCACUAGCAAUUCAACUUAAAUUGGCUUAUUAAAUGGCUUAUCAGUUACCUUGCAGGGUAUUGAGAGACUUGGACUUAGAAUAGGUAGGUUUUGAUGGGAAAGACUUGGGAGGGUCAUAGAGAGCAAAGAGAGGAGGUGGAAGGUGUGACUCAGAGCACAUGGCUCUGUCUGACAAGGCAGAUCCCUGGGUAGCACCAGUCUUGCCUUGUGACUCCUGCCCUCUCACCCCUGGGAGGGUCUUACCAACUGCCCCUUACUCAUCCUGAACCUUUCAAUUAGGGGAGUUUCUUCCGAAUCUAUGAAUUGGAAAGAGACAGUUUGGGCUUUGUAUGCUUCAGCAAGGUUGGGAAAGUUGUAAAUAUUUGAGUCACUUUGAAUAACUCAAUCACAAAGUUUUCUUGGCAGUAAAAAUUUAGAAACUUCCCAGGGUGGUGGUAAAUGAGCUCAGAGAUAAGGGAAACCAAAAGAAGUUUUUUGUGCUUAAAUAGAACCAAAACUGAAGGUGAAGAUUUGGGGGGAGUGGUUGGAAUUUAUUAACCACCAACUAGGUAACAUUUCAUAAAUACAAGUUCAAAGAGUACAAAAUCUCAUAGUAUGACUACGGAUUAUGAGGCUUUGGUUAAAAUAGUUCUCUUGGACCAACUUUCUUCUAUGGUUAUUUAGCUCGUCAAGAAAGAGAUUUAACUUUCUAAAAAUAAAGCUUCCUAAAGUAAUUCUUCACAACUGUAAUGUUUUUGUUUUUUAUAUUUGCUCUCAAAAUGUUCCAGAUAGGACCUCAGUCUCCCUACCACAGUCACUUAGGCUAAGAAACUUGGACAGGGUCACAGAGAGCUGUGAUUCAAUUGUAAGCAAGCCAACUUUUGCAUAGACAUCAUAUUCAUUUGAGCCUUGUGAGGUCGGGAAGGUUUUUAAGCCCAUCUUUAUAGGUGUGAAAAAUGAAGCCUUAAGCUUUUCAGUGACUUUCUUUGGGUAACACUGAAAGCAUGACAUGGGACUAAAACUCCAACUCAGAAUCUCAGACUUCCUGCCCAGUGCUCUCUCUGUUCCCUCCACUCUUACUGUCAUUCAUCCCAAAUCCUACUUGUCAGUAUAUCCUAUUUGCUCUAUCAAUAUAUUUAGAAUCCAACUCUUACCCCCAAUCUUACCACCUGGCCCAAACCAUCAUUAUCUUUCUCCCAGAUUGUUGACAUAGUUUUCUAAUUAAUCUCCCUGCUUCUGCUUUCUCCCCUUUUUAGUCUCUUCUCACAUCUGUUUUAAAAUAUAGGUCAAGACAAA